AUGGCUCAAAAAACAGUUCUCAUUACGGGUUGCAGUGAAGGUGGUAUAGGCGACGCUCUUGCCAGAAGCUUCCACAGCAAAGGCUUUCGAGUGUUCGCCAGCGCUCGCAACACCACGAAAGUCCAACAUCUCGAGGACAUGGGACUUGAUAUCAUUCAACUAGAUGUCACCGACGAAGAAUCGAUCAGACAAGCAGUGUCAACAGUCAGUUCUGCGACAGGUGGAUAUCUAGAUUUUCUUGUCAAUAACUCAGGCGCUGGUUACAGCAUGCCCUUGUUGGACUCGGAUGUCUCAGUAGCCAAAAAAAUGUUUGAUGUCAACGUCUUCGCUGUCGUUGCUGUGACUCAAGCAUUUGCACCGCUUCUAAUUGCCUCAAAAGGUACAAUUAUCAACAUUGGGUCCGUGCUCGGCAAAAUGCCACUCCCGUGGCAAGGAUAUUACAAUGCAAGUAAAGCUGCAGUUGCUAUCUUGACUGAUCAAAUGCGCAUUGAGUUCUCCCCUUGGGAAGUCCAAGCAAUCCUCGUGAAUACUGGUGGAAUCAAGACGAAGUUCUUCGAAAAUCUCCCGAGUCCAGUUCUACCCAAGAACUCUCUCUAUUACCCUGCAAAAGAUUUGAUUGAGCCAGCAUUGGCUGGAGUUGGGGUAGAGAAGAGUGCCAUGGAAGUCAAUUCGUAUGCUGAGGUUGUUGUCAACAAUGCAAUCCGAUCAAGUCCCAAAAAGCAUCUGUGGUCUGGGGGAGGAGCCUUGAUAACUUGGUUGGGUUCAACAUUUGGCUGGUCAACUUUCUGGGACUUCUUACUCCCCCCUUUUACACACAUGUCGGAUAUAAAGAGCAAGAUCCUCAACUCAGUGAAUGUGAAGUAG